AUGACCGGAAAAGCAGUAAAUAGGAUUGCUGUCAUUCCCCCAGAUGAGGUCUUAUUAGGAAAUGCGACAGCGAUCUUAGAUGGUCCUACCCCAAUAGAAGUAGCUUCAGCACUAGCUGUACUUAUUGGGUUAAUACAGGCAGUAUUUGCGAUAUUAGGACUGGACUUUGUCACCACCUACUUCUCCGAUGAAUUGGUUGGAGGAUUUACCACAGGUGCAUCAAUGCAUGUGUUUAUCACCCAAUUGAAAGAUAUCGCUGGAAUUCACGGACUUCCAAAACGACAAGGUGUCGCAAAUGCGCCACUUAAACUCUAUGAUCUGUGCAAAGCGAUCCCUCGAACAAAUCUUUUAACUCUUGGGAUGUCUGCAGUGACUAUACUCAUAUUGAUUCUCGGAAAAGAUCUCAUCAAUCCACUGGUACAAAGACGACUUCGCUGUCCUAUACCGAUCCCAUUUGAAUUGAUUGCGUCAGUUAGUUAUCGACUACAAGAGGAUAUGCACUGCAUUCGAUUAAUUGUUGACACUUUUGUUGGGUCAUUGGAGGAACUCUGGUCUGUCAGUUCGCAAACCUUAAGCAAAAUUUCAAUGUCACAACUGUUGGGAAGAUUCCAAAUGGCUCUUUUUCCGAACCUCCAUUUCAACUACUUCUGUAUUUUCAGUCUUCCCGCUCCACAAUUCCCUCGAGUAGAGCUUUUUUCUUCACUAAUCGUUGAUGCUAUUUCAAUCGCAGUCGUCGUAAUGGCUAUUCAUGUUUCUCUUGCAAAAAUUCUAGCAAAGAAGUAUCACUACGAUGUGAAUGUUAAUCAGGAAUUCUACGCCAUGGGUUUCACUUCAAUGAUUAGCGGAUUUUUUCCCGUAUUUCCGCAUUCGAGUAGCCUUUCACGAACAAUGGUCAGCGCGGGGGCAGGAUCGAAAACGCAGGUAGAUUUACUGGAAAAUUGUCGAACUGGAUCAUGGCUACAAUCCCUGCCUAUGUUCGUGCUUGCCUCUAUAAUCGUCGUAGCACUGUUGGGAAUGUUCGAGAAAUUUGAGCAACUCUCAAGAUUGUGGAAGUUAUCGAAAAUUGAUUUUAGUAUCUGGGUUGUCGCAUUUGCUGCAACCGUAGGCAUAGAUGUUAUGCAAGGAUUGGCGAUAGCCAUACUAUUUGCACUGUUCACUACCGUAAUCCGGGAGCAGUGGCCAAGAUGGCAUAUCCUAGCCAAUAUCUCGGGGACAAAUGACUUCCGUGAUAUUGAACGCUACAAACAUAUCUAUUUCUUCAAUAGUGUUUGCGUACUACGAUUUGAUUCACCCCUUUUAUUCACAAAUGUGGAUCGAUUCCGAAAUAUAGUGGAAAAGCUGGCAAAUGAUUGGAACGGUAUGAGAUGCUGCGGGCAGUUAGAUCCGAAAAAGGUUUUUGGAGAGGAGAAUGAAAAACCCGAGAGUGCUGAAGAUUCUCGCCCAAUGAAACGAUUCCUUAUAAUUGAUUGCUCUGGAUUUGCCUAUGUUGACGUCAUGGGAGUGAACAGCUUGAAAGAGGUAAUUAAGAGACAAUGGACGAAUCUCUGCCUGACUUUCAAUAAGAAGAUAACUGUUUUUUGUUUUGUUAAGCUAUAUUAGAG